AUGUUGACAGCGAUCGGUCGCGUGGCCGCCCAGCGCCUGGUUCUGCGCACCGCGCCAUUGACCAUCCCGCGGUCUCAGCCCAUCGCCCACGUCGCCGGUCGCGCCCUCUCGACCACCCACUGGGCGCGUCUUCCGGCCAAGGCAACCGCCCCAACCACCAAAACGAAGAAGACGACGACAGCGGCGAAGGAGGGUCAGAAGAAGCCCGCUACCAAGAAGGCUGCGGCCGAAAAGGCUGCGCCCAAGAAGAAAGCGGCACCCAAAAAAGCGGCACCCAAGAAGAAGCCUGCCGUCAAGAAGCCCAAGAAGGAGCUGUCCCCAGAGGAGCAGGACAAGCUCAACAUGCGGGUGUGGAAGAAGGCGGCACUGCUUGCGGAGGAGCCCAAGAACAAGGCCAACACCCCCUGGUCUUUGUAUGUUUCGAAGAACAUGAAGGCAGUUGGAACUUCUAGCGAAGCAAUGACGGAGAUCAUGAAAACACUCUCCGAAGGAUACAAGAACCUUUCGUCGUACGAGCAGCAGCGUCUCGCGGAGGAAGCCGAACGAAUCAAGCUCGACGAGAAGACGAGGUACGAGGCUUGGGUGAAGACAUUGACGCCGCAGCAAGUCGUCGAUGCGAACAAUGCUCGCGCGCGCAUCCGUAAGAUGCGCGGCACACCCAGACGUCCCUCCCCUAUCCGGGAUGACCGCCUGCCUAAGAUGCCCACCGGAGCCUGGGGUAACUUCGUCAAAGCGCGCUGGGCCAGCGGCGAGUUCGCCGGCCAGGGUCCAACUUUUGCGAUACCGAGUAUCUCUAAGGAAUGGAAGAAUAUGUCGCCAUCCGAAAAGGCCCCCUACGAGGCGACAGCGAAGGUUGACCGAGAGCGGUAUGAGCGCGAAGUCCGCGACGUGCUGAACCGCGGUUUACACACACGGGCUUAG